CGGAUGCGUCCGUCAGUGUUUCCGGUGUUGUUGCGCUCUCGGACGGAGCAGGCUCGUGUCUUUUCGGUGUUUUUGCGGUUUAUUGUGACACUGUGUCGGUAAUGCGGGUCUUUGCGGGUCCGUGCGGGUCCUUGCUGCUCGGCCUGACCCUCCUAGUCUCCGCAGUCCCCCCCCUCUCAGCCUGGGACGCGGAUCUGGAGCUACUGGACCUGGUGGAGGAGAUCCCGCAGAACUUCUACCAGUUCCUGUCCGUGGACCAGGAUGCGCCAGCAGCAGAAAUAAAGAAGGCGUAUCGCCGCCUGUCUGUCUUUCUGCAUCCUGACAAGAACAAACAUCCAGAUGCUGAAACUCAGUUCAGACAGCUGGUGGCCAUUUACGAAGUCCUGAAGGAUGACGAGAGACGACGGAAGUAUGAUGACAUCCUGGUGAACGGGCUCCCUGAUUGGCGGCAGCCGGUCUUCUACUACAGACGAGUGAGGAAGAUGAGUAACACUGAGCUUGCCUUCCUCCUCUUCCUCAUCCUCACUGUGGGACACUAUGCUGUCAUCUGGUCCAUAUAUCUGGAAAAACUGCUUGACGAGCUGCUGAGUAACAAGAAGAAGAAAGAGAAGAAGAAGAAACUGAGCACCAAACCUGCAGAGGAGAUCAGGUGUAUCGGCCAGGACCGGACCGACAGAGUUCACGAUCGACCAAACUGGCAAGACAUCCUCCCUCUGAAGCUGAGCAUCUGGCUUUACCUUUCCAUCAAAAACCUGCCGCAGACCGUCCAGGAGGUGAAGCAGUACUAUGAGGACUACCAGCAGAUGAAGCAGCAGCAGAGAGAAGAAGCUGAAGCUGAACAGGAAGUUGUCAUUAGAGAGAAGAGGCCAAAGGUUAAGAAGCCGAAGGUGGAGUUUCCUGUUUAUGAGCUGCCCCCAGAGAACCUGAACCAGAGCUACGACCAGGCCACGUCCAUUGAGGACAUCGAAGACCAGAUGGACGACUGGCUGCAGGACCGCAGAACUACCAAGAAAAAGGCGACAGACUGGACAGAGGACGAGCUCAGCUUCCUCAGCAGGUUGAUGGUUAAAUUUCCAGGAGGAACUCCAGGUCGCUGGGAGAAGAUUGCUCAUGAGCUUGGAAGAUCUGUCAGCGACGUGACGGCUAAAGUUAAACAGGUGAAAGACAACGUCAGCCACACAUCAGGUCUGGUGAAGCUGUCGGAUCUGAAGGGACCUCCUCUUCCUGUGAGGUCACUUCCUGUUGCUGACACGUUGAUGACUCAGAGAGGAGGUGGAGCCUGUGAGGAGGUGCAGGAGCAGGAGGAGGAGGACGAAGCAGCUCCGGUGGUCCGGAGGAGGAACAAGAAGUCAGCAGCAACAGACGGAGUUGACUUGAAAGUCAGAGGUCGUCGGCAGAGAGAUUUUGACCCGAUGGCUGCGGAGGAAGAGGAAGCGGAGCCUCAGGAGAACAGGGAGAAGGCGGACUCCGCUGUCUGGACUCAGAACCAACAGAAACUGCUUGAACUUGCCCUGCAACAAUUCCCGAGAGGAACCGCAGAGCGGUGGGACCGCAUCGCCAAGGUGGUCCCCGGGAAAACCAAGGAGGAGUGUAUGAUUCGUUAUAAAAUGUUGGCGGAGCUCGUUCAGAAGAGGAAACAGGCUAAAAGCUGAUUUAAGGUGUUGCCCUGUAACUCCGCCUCCUCUUGCUGUGACCUCUGACCUCCUGGCAGGUGAAUCAUGAGGUGAACGUCCAGGUGACCUGUCAGCAGUGUUUUAAUUUUCUGUCCAGGUGAGCUGCCUCCUGAUUGGACUGAUUCAUAAUUUGUUUCGUUUUUUUUAAUCUGUGUGAUGUGGCGUCUCACCUGCUCAGGUGUUUUAUUACCGAUGUGUCAAACGAAGCGGGAAAUGAGCGUGAGCCCACUUGACCUCUGACCUCACAGCUUUAUGUGCCUUAGCUCCGUUCAGCAUGCUGUCAAUCAACCUGUUCAUCUGAUCAAUAAAAAGUAUUUAUUAUCUCCU